CGAUGCAUUCUGGGUCUUGGCAAUAUGGCGUCCUCCUUGAUGUGCUGAUGAGAAGAGUUUCAGUGCAGCUUCAAACCAGAGGGCAAAACUCCCCUAACCCAAUAAGCCCACGUUACUCGUUUUCUCCGCGGGCCUUGUCGCCCGUUUCUCAGGACUCGUUCUGAAGUGGGAGAGAACCACGGGGCCGAAGGCCAGGACUAGCCAGGCCGCGCGGACCCGGGGCUGAGGAACCGGCUGCGGGCAAGCACGAUGGGCCGGUCCUGGGUCUGGUUGCAGCAGCUCAGGCCAGUGCGAGACCCGCAGGGCUGAGAGUGGCUGGAGAAGACCCGAGGCGCUCUGAAUCUAUUCCCCUCUGCCGGAGACCUCAGCCCAGUCGGCCCAGUCGUCGAACCAGCACCAAGAGCGGGCGGCCUGCCUGUCCUCGGAUCUGCUGAGGCGUUGGAGGCCGAGAGUAGGGUCACCGUGAGGCCUGAAGUCUCUCUCGCCUUUGACAGCUCCGCUCGCAGCCCCUCCUGAAACAUACAGCCUCAGAAGCAGCCAGUGGCCUGGGAUCUGUGUGUGUGUGUCCGUGCGGAGCUUCCUGGGCUGCCCGGUUUCCCAGCAGCUCCCCCCACCCACCGACUUCCCGCGCAGAGUUAGAGAUAAGGAUCUCAGACUUUUGGCUGAGUAAGGGUCUCCGUACACUCUUCACCCAUUUCUUUUUUUGACUAUUCUUUUUUCUAUUUAUUUCAUCAAUUCUGGUACACACUAGUUUUUAAGGCUGGAGGUUCUCGAGCGCUUGCUGCCAAGGACUCCCCCACCCCCUCCUCCGCUGAUGGAGUCCGAAAUGCUGCAGUCGCCUCUUCUGGGACUUGGGGAGGAAGAUGAGGCCGAUCUUACAGACUGGAACCUGCCUUUGGCUUUUAUGAAAAAGAGGCACUGUGAGAAAAUUGAAGGCUCCAAAUCCUUAGCUCAGAGCUGGAGGAUGAAGGAUCGGAUGAAGACAGUCAGUGUUGCCUUAGUUUUGUGUCUGAAUGUCGGUGUGGACCCUCCAGACGUGGUGAAGACCACACCCUGUGCGCGUUUGGAAUGCUGGAUAGAUCCUCUGUCCAUGGGCCCUCAGAAAGCUCUGGAAACCAUCGGUGCGAAUUUGCAGAAGCAGUACGAGAACUGGCAGCCAAGGGCCCGGUACAAGCAGAGCCUCGAUCCAACCGUGGACGAGGUCAAGAAGCUCUGCACGUCUUUACGCCGCAACGCCAAGGAGGAGCGAGUCCUCUUCCACUACAACGGCCAUGGGGUGCCCAGGCCCACGGUGAACGGGGAGGUCUGGGUCUUCAACAAGAACUACACGCAGUACAUCCCCCUGUCCAUAUACGACCUGCAGACGUGGAUGGGCAGCCCGUCGAUAUUCGUCUACGACUGCUCCAACGCCGGCCUCAUCGUCAAAUCCUUCAAACAGUUCGCCCUCCAGCGGGAGCAGGAGCUGGAGGUAGCUGCAAUUAACCCAAACCACCCGCUGGCCCAGAUGCCUCUGCCGCCAUCCAUGAAGAACUGCAUCCAGCUGGCCGCCUGCGAGGCCCACGAGCUCCUGCCCAUGAUCCCUGACCUCCCGGCCGACCUGUUCACGUCCUGCCUCACCACCCCCAUCAAGAUCGCCCUGCGCUGGUUUUGCAUGCAGAAAUGUGUGAGUCUGGUGCCUGGAGUCACCCUGGAUUUGAUAGAAAAGAUCCCCGGCCGGCUGAACGACAGGAGGACUCCUCUGGGCGAGCUGAACUGGAUCUUCACGGCCAUCACGGACACCAUCGCCUGGAACGUGCUCCCCCGGGAUCUCUUCCAAAAGCUCUUCAGACAGGACCUGCUGGUGGCUAGUCUCUUUCGGAACUUUUUGCUGGCGGAAAGGAUCAUGAGGUCAUACAACUGCACUCCCGUCAGCAGCCCGCGGCUGCCCCCGACCUACAUGCACGCCAUGUGGCAGGCCUGGGACCUCGCCGUCGACAUCUGCCUGUCUCAGCUGCCAACCAUCAUCGAGGAAGGCACCGCAUUCAGGCACAGCCCGUUCUUCGCGGAGCAGCUGACCGCGUUCCAGGUGUGGCUCACCAUGGGAGUGGAGAACCGGAACCCGCCUGAGCAGCUGCCCAUCGUCUUGCAGGUGCUGCUGAGCCAGGUGCACCGGCUGCGAGCCCUGGACUUGCUGGGCAGGUUUUUGGACCUGGGUCCCUGGGCGGUGAGCCUGGCCUUGUCUGUCGGCAUCUUCCCCUACGUGCUCAAGCUGCUCCAGAGCUCGGCCCGGGAGCUCAGGCCGCUGCUGGUUUUCAUCUGGGCCAAGAUCCUCGCCGUGGACAGUUCGUGCCAGGCGGACCUCGUCAAGGACAACGGCCACAAGUACUUCCUCUCGGUCUUGGCAGACCCCUACAUGCCGGCUGAACACAGGACCAUGACGGCGUUCAUUCUCGCUGUGAUUGUCAACAGCUAUAACACGGGCCAGGAAGCCUGCCUUCAGGGGAACCUGAUCGCCAUCUGCCUGGAGCAGCUCAGCGACCCGCACCCGCUGCUGCGCCAGUGGGUGGCCAUCUGCCUGGGCCGGAUCUGGCAGAACUUCGACUCGGCCCGGUGGUGUGGGGUGCGGGACAGCGCCCACGAGAAGCUCUACAGCCUGCUGUCCGACCCCAUCCCCGAGGUCCGCUGUGCGGCCGUGUUCGCACUCGGCACGUUUGUGGGCAACUCUGCCGAGAGGACGGACCACUCCACCACCAUCGACCACAACGUGGCCAUGAUGCUGGCUCAGCUGGUCAACGACGGGAGCCCCGUGGUGCGGAAGGAGCUGGUGGUGGCCCUGAGUCAUCUCGUGGUUCAGUAUGAGAGCAAUUUCUGCACCGUGGCCUUGCAGUUCAUGGAGGAGGAAAAGAACUACCCUCUGCCUUCGCCAGCCGCCACAGAGGCUGGGAGCCUGACCCCGGUGAGGGACAGUCCCUGCACCCCUAGGCUGCGUUCGGUGAGUUCCUAUGGGAACAUUCGAGCCGUCACCACCGCCAGGAACCUGAACAAGUCUUUGCAGAACCUGAGUUUGACAGAAGAAUCCGGCGGCGCGGUGGCGUUCUCCCCCGGCAACCUCAGCACCAGCAGCAGCGCCAGCAGCACCCUGGGCAGCCCCGAGAACGAGGAGUACAUCCUGUCCUUCGAGACCAUCGACAAGAUGCGCCGCGUCAGCUCCUACUCCUCCCUCAACUCCCUCAUAGGUGUCUCUUUCAACAGCGUUUACACCCAGAUCUGGAGAGUCUUGCUGCAUCUGGCGGCUGACCCGUAUCCGGAUGUUUCUGACCUGGCCAUGAAGGUUCUCAACAGCAUCGCCUACAAGGCCACAGUGAACGCCCGGCCCCAGCGCAUCCUGGACACCUCCUCUCUCACGCAGUCGGCCCCUGCCAGCCCCACCAACAAGGGCAUGCACAUCCACCAGGUGGGUGGCUCCCCCCCAACGACCAGCACAAGCAGCUCCAGCCUCACCAACGACGUGGCCAAGCAGCCGGUCAGCCGGGACCUGCCCUCAGGCCGGCCGGGCGCCGCGGGCCCCGUGGGGGCGCAGUACACCCCUCACUCGCACCAGUUCCCCCGGACGCGGAAGAUGUUUGACAAGGGCCCAGAGCAGACCACCGACGACGGGGACGAUGCUGCCGGCCACAAGAGCUUCAUCUCCGCCACGGUGCAGACGGGAUUCUGCGACUGGAGCGCGCGGUACUUCGCCCAGCCUGUCAUGAAGAUCCCAGAAGAGCACGACGUGGAGAGUCAGAUCCGCAAGGAGCGGGAGUGGCGCUUUCUGCGGAACAGCCUGGUGCGGAAGCAGGCCCAGCAGCUCAUCCAGAAGGGUGUCACCAGACUGGAUGACCAGAUAUUUCUGAACAGGAACCCCGGUGUCCCCUCCGUGGUCAAAUUUCAUCCCUUCACCCCGUGUAUAGCCGUGGCUGACAAGGACAGCAUCUGUUUCUGGGACUGGGAGAAAGGGGAGAAGCUGGACUAUUUCCACAACGGAAACCCCCGGUACACGCGGGUCACGGCCAUGGAGUAUCUGAACGGCCAGGACUGCUCGCUGCUGCUGACGGCAACGGAUGACGGUGCCAUCAGGGUCUGGAAGAACUUUGCUGACUUGGAAAAGAACCCGGAGAUGGUGACCGCGUGGCAGGGGCUCUCGGACAUGCUGCCGACAACGCGAGGAGCCGGGAUGGUGGUGGACUGGGAGCAAGAGACCGGCCUCCUCAUGAGCUCGGGGGACGUGCGGAUUGUCCGGAUCUGGGACACAGACCGCGAGAUGAAGGUGCAGGACAUCCCCACGGGUGCAGACAGCUGCGUGACAAGCCUGUCCUGCGACUCCCACCGCUCGCUCAUCGUGGCCGGCCUGGGCGACGGCUCCAUCCGUGUCUACGACAGGAGGAUGGCGCUCAGCGAGUGCCGCGUGAUGACGUACCGCGAGCACACGGCCUGGGUGGUGAAGGCCUACCUGCAGAAGCACCCCGAGGGCCGCAUCAUGAGCGUGAGCGUCAAUGGAGACGUGCGUGUCUUCGACCCGCGGAUGCCUGAGUCCGUGAACGUCCUUCAGAUCGUGAAGGGGCUGACGGCGCUGGACAUCCACCCCCAGGCAAACCUGAUCGCAUGCGGCUCCGUGAACCAGUUCACCGCCAUCUACAACGGCAGCGGCGAGCUGAUCAACAACAUCAAGUACUACGACGGCUUCAUGGGCCAGCGCGUCGGCGCCAUCAGCUGCCUGGCCUUCCACCCGCACUGGCCCCAUCUGGCCGUGGGAAGCAACGACUACUACAUCUCCGUGUACUCGGUGGAGAAGCGGGUCAGAUAGCGGCACCACCAGCCCGCCAGGCCGCGGCCGCCUGCUGUACAUAGUGAACCUGCCGCUCGCCGAGCGCGUAGCGCCGCCUGCUGCCGCCCUCGUGAACACUGGCCCUGCCCUCGCGCUGACGGCUGGAGGCCCCGCCGCUUGCUUUGCGUCUUUGCCGUAACGUCUGGACAGUCGGGGGAGGGGAGGGCUUCGGUUGGACGGUGGCUUCUGCCCAGGCCCAGCGUCCAGGCACCAGGGACUCACCACAAUGCCACACUCGCUCUCUCCUCUGUUUUUCCUGAGAUUUUUAAAGGGGGAAACACACUCGUUUCAUUUUCCAUGUAAUCAGAGCAUUAGCUACAAAACAGCUCCAAGACGGAGCCCUGGUGGAGAAGCAGCACUGGGCUCCGCGGCCCCUGGGGCGGCCUCCCCGUCCGGCCAGGAGCGGGUGAGAGGUGCUGCCCCAGCCAGGCCGCCGUCCUCUCGCGGUGUGUGCCAGCGAGUGGGACCAUACCCAGCAGGCUGGUGGAUGCUGGGAACGCAGGAACCCACGGAGCGGGGCGAUGGAGACGUCCCCUCCCGCCGGCAAGUGUGGAAAGCAGCAGCCCAGAGCCCAGCGCCCUCCUGGAGCCCCCCAGGGCCGCUGCGCCAGGCCCUCCUGUCCGCUGGGCACAUGGGCCCAGCCCCUGCACAGCCGGGUCCCCGGGUUCCAGCCCCUCUGACAGCCGUGAGCAGGAAAGUGCCCUGUGGCUGUGGACAGAGGAGGCCAGUCCUUGGCGGUUUAGCCGCUGCCUUAACCCCCGGGCGCACUUCCCGCGCAGCGCUGCUCUCCCGCAGGCCUCCCUGCCUGUGCCCGCACUUGGUGCCCACACAUGUGCGGGCACCACGGCCCCUGCCUUUGCCCACGCACCUCACAUGUGCAGGCGGAAGCCCCGCUGGAGUCCGAGGGUCUGUGGGUAAACACAGCCCCGUCGCCCGCCUCUGCCCCACACACAGGCGUGACCAUGGUUUGCAUCUUGCAGUCUGCAACGCAAGAGUCCUGGCAGUUGCUUUAGCGUGUGUCAGCGUGUGCGUGCGUGUGAACACGGGGGCAGGAGAGGAGCUGUGGACAGUGCAGCCCGCAGGCCACAGAGCCGUGUGCGCGACUGCAGACGACACAACCACAAUGAUGGGAUUUGAAAGCUUUUCUCCAUUUUCUCUGGAAUCAGGAUUAUUCGGGGAGAGGAGGCGGCUUGGUCAGUUCUGCCCUCACGCAGCCGAGUGGCGGGAGCACGGGCAGGAGCUGCUGUGAGAAAGGGUCUCGGCCCCUCGCGCUGCGGGUCCAGAGCAUCGUCCAGGGGGUGGGACCCACCUGGCAGCGCCUGGGGUCCGUGUUGGAGCUGCACAGGGCCAGACAAAGCAGGUGGCCCUUCUCCCUAGAGACGGGAGCUCCUGUUGGAAGGUUCCGGCAUGAAGUCCCAUCGCCACAUCAGGGUGAGCAGGCAGCCUGAGCAGGCAGCCAGGAAGGCCGUGGAGGUCCCCGCUCUGCCCACGGACACUGAGGGGUCCAGUCGCCCCAGCUGAUGCGCUGGCUCCACCUGGUUCUCACCCGACGUGUGUCUGUUUCUUUGGAGACGAAACCACCACGCGGCACAGUGCAGACGGCUCCAGGGGGCCAGACCCCUCCCAGCCGCCCCCGCGGGCUGUGUCUUCACAGGUCUGAUGCGAAAAUCCAAUCACGAAGUUAACCAGGGCUCAGAGAGCGCUGGCCUAAAGGUUCACUUAUCUCUAUUUAUUUUACCAAAAUGACAAUUGAAAAAGACUUUGACAAAACAUGGAAUUGUAAUGUGAAACUAAGCAACGACAGACAAUAAACUUAAUAAACAUAAAUGAGUACAGAAA